AGGAAACCAGAAAAAAUAUAAUCACAGUGGAGCUUUUGUAUUCGUAAUUGGUCAGUGAUCUUUUCAAGGAAACACAAAAUUGGCUGUAACCUCGGUUUGUACACAUCAUUCGACUGUUCUCCUCAUUACCUCGGCGUUUUCGUCUUGCCAUAACCUCUGCAAUGAACAAUACCUCCGCUUCUACCAUCGGCUCAAGACAAGAUCUUGAUUCAUCAAAGAACUCUCCCUCCAGAAUGGAAGGAGUCACAUUGUGUAGUGCUUUUAUGCUGACAUUUGUCUUAGUUGUUGCGGGGAACUUAAUCACUGUUAUUCUUUUUGCAAAAAACAAAAACAUUCGUAAGAAAAAUUUAUUUUUACCCAUCAAUAUGGCGUUUGCUGACCUGUUUUUAGGAGCUGUUGGUUUACCUAUAUACAUUUAUGAUGUUGGCUUCUAUUUCCAGCUGUGGACCAGCCGGAUUGGGAACUUGAGCAGUAACAAUCGUCUCUAUAUUUUCUUCCUGGCCUUUGAUACAUUCUUCUCACAGGCUUCAAUCAUUUCUGCAGCCUUCAUAUCCUGUGAGAGAUUUUACGCCAUGUAUUGGCCGUUUAAGCAUCGAACAUUAUCAACUCGAACAUACCGUAUCCUUAUUAUUAUCGUGUGGAUAAUUACCCUAUUUAUAUCGGCGAUCUGGACUGGAUCACACCUCCUUCUUUCUACAAAGCACACCAUGUUUGUUUGGGGGCUAUAUACUUUGAUUCUCGUGCUAAUAAUGUGUGGCUGUUACAUGGGUAUUUGGCGAAAGUUUCAGAGUGGGAGUGUCGCCACUUCACACCAGCAAAACAGAGACUUGCAAAACAAGCGCUUGACAAAGACCUUGUUAUUUGUAUCUGGCCUUUCUUUGCUGGCUUGGUUGCCUUUAAUAAUAUCAAACUUAUUGAUAUUUGUCUGUCUUUUACCAGUACAAUUCAAAUUUUAUUUCAUGGUAAACCUUAUAAAUUACUUCAACUCUUUUGUCAAUCCGGUUGUUUAUGCAUUACGAAUUGUCGAGUUUCGACAAGCUCUAACUACACGUUGUUUUCUCGCAAGAGAGCCAGCGAUGAACACGUCACUUGCUGAGGUUAGAAGUGAGACGAGAGGAAAAACUGAUUUCAUCUAUGAACUGGUGUUUGAACAAGUUGUAAUGGAUAUCAAACUGUAAAUGACGUCCGUACAAUUUUACUCCUUUUUUUUUUUGUACUUUUUUUUUUCCUUUGAGCUGUGUGUGCUCAGGACACAAAAUGAGAGCAAAUAGUAACCUGAUGCCAGGAAGUUAGGGUGAAAACCUAGUAGCGGUUUACUACAUUUUUUGUCAUUCUUCAGAUAAAAUUUUCGUGAAUAAUUUAAUAACUAAUGACAACCUUAAUUCGGCAUGUUUCACCACGGUUUUAGUUUUAAGGCUUUGAAAUAAAGUACUCUUGUAUGAAUUUACAGUUUUAUGCUUAUAAUUAUCUCGACCAAUGUUUGACUUGCCGACGAAAAAAAUCAACUGUUGAGUUUUAUUUGUAACUCAGUGUAAAUACACCUGUGUAAAGAAUAUUGAAAACCAUUUUGUGAUAGUUACUUCUAGUGGUUAUUCGAUACAUGUUUAACUGUAUGUGUUUUUAAUUUAUCAUCGCAUUAGCAUACUUUAUUGUAACAAUGUACAACUAGUAAAGGUUUAGUCUUCA